AUGGCAAAAUGGCCAGUAAGAUUAAGCACAUUUGAUAUCAGAUACGAACCGAGAUCCGCCAUAAAAUCACAAGCAUUAGCGGACUUUAUGGAUGAAUUUAGUGAUGAUCUACAAAACGAAUUAGACAUGGAAGCCAAGCAACUCACAUAUGGAGCUUCAAAUCAGAAAGGAACAUGCCUUGGGAUCAUACUAAAUCGCCAUAGGGGGACAUCAUACCUCAGGCAGUUAGUUGUGAAUUCAAUGCUACCAACAAUGAAGCACUCAUCAUGGGAAUACAAUUGGCUAAGGAUCUUCAAAUCAAGGAUCUUUAGGUAUUUGGGGAUGGAUAUUGUAGGAAAAUUGCCAGUAGCUCCAGGAGGAAAAGUCUUCAUGUUGGUGAUGACCGAUUACUUCUCCAAAUGGUUUGAAGCUGAAGCUUCCGUCCAGAUUCCAGCUGAAAUCAUAUGCAACAAUGGAUCCCAAUUUAUUAGCAAAAGAACAAGAGACUUUUGCACAAGCUGGAGGGUGAAAAUGAGAAUGUCCACUCCCAUUCAUCCCCGAGCUAAUGGUCAAGUGGAGUCCAGCAACAAAAUCAUAGUUAACAAUUUGAAGAAAAGGAUGGACAAAAAGAAGGGAAGAUGGGCAGAAGAACUCCCUUUCGUUUUAUGGGCAGAUAGAACCACUUCCAAACUGUCCACAGACCAGAGCCCCUAUUCCUUGGUGUUCGGGACAGAAGCAUAUGUGAGGUCUGCUGAAUGA